AUUUCGAGAUCGAUUUCCUUUCUCCUUUUUACGAUAAAAAAUAAAACGAUAGGACAGUGAAAAAAAAUGCCGGCCGGCAUUUUCGUCGGUAAAACCACUCCCCCCUACCAACAGUCGCAUCACCGCAGCGGCGCCGCCACUCAACACACAAUUCACAUGAUGAACGUAAAUAAACGAGUCCCUUUUCAACUUGUCGCGGCAAUAUCCACCCGAGGAUUAUCGCAGCCCAGAACAAAAGGCUUAAACAUGAAUAGAAACGUGACACUGACAGAACCCCUGAUUACCGAGUGGCUCAAGCACAUCCAAGAAGUAAACAACAAGCAGGAAGACAUUAUCAAGACUGGGCGAGAGUUCUACAUACCAUUCAUGGCCAUUCCCAUGACGGUCGUGGAGAAGGUAUUCAUCAUCGCUGACUCCUUCGCCCUUGGGCCCAGGACAAAAUACCUGUCACUGUAUAUUUACGAGAAAUUCGUGUGCAAUCAGUUCUGGGAGAUAUACAAGGAGCACGAGACACACCCUGACUCUGAGGAGUACAAACGCGCUUGUGAGAGGGUCUCCAAGAUGCUGAUGCUGAGGCUCAUGAGUAGCAUUCAACUUGCUAGCAAGAUGGAUUCUCAUAUGCUGGGGUUGACCAUCACUCAGGUGCUUUCUGCUCUAGACAGGCUAGAGCCCAACCACCAGUUUAACCGAUUCGCAGUUGUGCAAUCAGAAAUGAAAGUAUUCCAGACAACAAACUUCAAAAUACCCCUCGUCACCCCUCUCGACUGCAUCGAGGUGCUCCUGGCAGCACUGAAGCUCGAUAAACUGCCUAAAGUAUACAACACAGCUGUUCAUAUCCUCGACAUGACAUAUCUUCAGCACCAGCAAUUAUUCUCCCAGUUGCAGUUGACAUCUCACAGUUCCCUAGCUAAAACGAAAGAGGACAAAGUCAAUUUCAUGGCGAUGGAGUCAGACAUGCUCUUCCUGAGUGCUGCUGUAAUCCGUUGUACGAUGGCAAUAUUUCGUGCUAAGGAGGUAUUACUCAACGAUCUGGUGAGGAGGCUUGAGGGUCUAGUUAAAAUCGAUAGGAAAGACAUUGAUAAUCUCGGAAAGAUGAUUUUCGCCAUGCUGGAUGUGGACAAUGUCAGUGAUAAUUAAUUAAUCAAUUAAUCGUGAAGAACUGAAAUGAAAUAAAAAGUGAAAUAGCCUAUUUUGAACCGCUAAUAUCUCGAGAUCGGCAGAGUGAAAUCGAACAAUUUUUUUUUCGUUUUGAAUAUAUUUUUUCAGGCUUUCAAAUGAGCGUUGACUCAUUCAAAUCGCGUCUUUCAGUCCGGAGAUAUUUAUAAUUAAAGACAGCCCAUUUUCCCUUACCCUUCCACUCAUUUAUGUUGAACUUCUUUAUUAGUUUUUCAAGCAAUCAAUUAAUUAAUUGAUGUCUAGUAGUUGAUAAAUAGUGAAUCAAACACGAAAUCUUCCUCAGGGCCGCUGUGAUGUUUAAUUAAUUAAUAAUUAAUCGUCAAGUCAUUCUAUUCCUUAACCAUUAAUUCGUUAAUUAAUUACAUAAGUAGUUAAUUAAUUAAUAAACCUGAAUUUAAAGAAUCUGUUGGACAACAUAAACAGUGAAUUAAACACACGAAAGUGUUAUAUCAGAAACUAUUUAUAUACGAGGAUAUAUAACUCUGAACUCUGUAAAUAUUGAGACAAAAGACUGUUGACUAACGUGUUUUGUUCAAUAAAAUAAAAAAAUGAU